AUGGCUGAUUUGACCUUCAGCGUGGAGAACAAAUUGUGGCUUAUUUGCCCAAGGAAAGGAUAUACAGAUCAACCAAUAGUAGAGAGACCACUGGCAACUCUGUUAUGGUUAGCACGGGUUGGGAUCGAGAACUUGCUGUUUUUUGCACUACGCUACCAUCUUUGGUCGUUCCUGUGUUCUGUUAGCUCCACUGCUUUUGCAUUUUUAAAGUGUGAACUUUUUCCUUACAACAAGGAAAAAAUUAAUGCUUGGUUUUUUCCACCUUGUCUUAAGAAUAUAAGAGGAGAAUUGAAUGUAAUUAACGUUAACAGCGAAGGCGAGAAAUUUAAAUGUUACGAAUCGCAACAUGGCGUCAGCAAUUUUCCCAUGUCGCUGUCAAAUGACGACUACGAAGUUUUCUUUCAUGGAACGACGCACGAAAGCGCCAAAAACAUCAUAGAAAACAAUAUCAUCCUGAGAAGAGGAGAUGCUUCCAAUAGAGCCGAUUUUAGUCGUGGCUGUGGUUUUUAUCUCGGGAAAGACUUUGAAAAUACACUACGAGCAAAGUGGAGGAGUCACAGACCUCGUUGUUCCGCUGUACUCGUAUUUCGAGUGCCAAGGGCUGAUUUGCGGGAAGCUGGAAUAAGAGGACGGGAUCUGCAAGGUGACCUGACAGAAUGGCAAAGGAUAAUCAAGCAGUUCCGUGCCCCUGAAAGGCCUUCUCGAAAGUUUCUUGACGAAUUGGCGCGGUACGACUUUAUUGAAGGACCUUUAUUUGGCGAGGGACAAAGCUUGAAAAAUCCGAUUCCAAACAGAGGUUCGUAUCAGCUUUGUGUCAAAAGCUUGGAUUGUGCUAAAUUGUUUGAUCAAAGUCUUCAUUCGGUAUUGUUCCUUGAGCCUUGA